CAAACAUCCACCGUUGUACCAAAUUGUAUCAGAACCGACUCGAAACAUAACAUGUCCACACCCAACCCAAAUCCCAACCCGAACCCCCCUGCAAAUGCAAACCAGACACCGACCCCGAACCCAAACGUCCCACGACCAAAUGGAAACGACCAAGUCUCAACGGGAAACAUCAUCUCAGCGCUUGGCAAUGCGUUCAAGACGCAGACGGGAGAACCGCUCCCUGGAGACCGGAUUGCUCAGCUUUUGUUGCAGAAUAUGGGACAGUUAAGCGAUUUGGUGAAGCAGGGGAAGUUGAAUCAGCAGCAGAUUAUACAGUUGAAGGAAUAUGCGGACAAGCAUAAGAACUCGGUCGCGUCUUCGUCCUCGGGUACACCGGCACCAGGGGCUGCACAUUCGAGUCCUGCACCUGCACAGCAACAACCUACACAGUAUGUGCAACAGCAGCAGCAGCAGCAACAGCAACAACAACAACAGAAUCAGUCGCUACCUAGUCCUUCAAAGCCCUCGCCCCUAACCACAACCACCGCCCCUCACGCCGCCUUCAAAUCGAACUCUCCCGCACCACUACUGGGCACGAACACGACCCCAGACGCGUAUCCUAUAAGCUCUACCCUCAAUACGAAUAAUCCGGGGCCGGUGCAGUGGUCGACCACGCAGAUGGGGAGGCCAACGUUGACUGGUGGGCAGGCUGCUGGGAGGAUCGCUGGGACGCCGGCCCAGGUCAAGCCGAGUAGCGAGGAGACGUAUACGCCGGACGAUACACGUUCGAGAAGAAAGUCGACUCCGGGGGAUCAGAGUAUGAGGAGGACGAUCCAGGACCUGGUGUCGAGCGUCGACCCGAACGUGAAGAUAGAGCCGGAGGUCGAGGAUCUGCUCCUAGACAUUGCAGACGAGUUCAUCGAGUCCGUGACCAACUUUGGGUGCAGACUCGCAAAACAUAGGGGAGGCGACACACUGGAAGUCAGAGACCUGCAGCUUCACCUCGAACGUAACCACAACAUCCGCAUACCCGGCUUCUCAUCCGACGAAACCAGAAUCUCAAUGUCCCAAACCGGAGUCCCCUCCGCCCUCCCCGCAGCAUCUGCUCUCACCGGCGGUGGCUCCAGCGGAGGCGGGGGUGGUGGAGGGAUAGGAGGUGCAGGUGCAGGUGCAGGCGGUGGUGCGAAGAAGGCGGGACAGGGCGGGCAGAUGAGUGUUAGGAGUCAUAGGUUGGCGCAGGUGCAGCAGGCGAAGAGGGAGGCGAAGUUGAUGUAGGGUCGGUGGGCAAGGGUGGGAGGGGUGGCGGGGAUAGAUUUUUGGACUUUCGGUUCGUGAUUGUAUGAUCAGAAUGCC